UUGAACGGUUUAACAUAUGAACAAGCGAACCGGCUCGGGUUACAGCUGCCAAUAUGAGCGCCGGCAGCCUGGGUUAAUUCAUUUUGUCUCUGCGCAUUUUGGCGCCAACCAGUAUAAAACACGCCGCCAUUCUCUCGCAUUGAAACUCACUCAAUUUCAACUCAAAUCAGAAAUGAUCAAAGCGCGAAUUGCGUUCGAUCUUAGUUUUCCCACCGAUUCUCCGCUCCAGAAUCCGCCCUCGCCGAUUGGCCGCCCGUCACUGCGGUUCUCGCAGGCGGAAGCAUCUCCUCGCCGAUUCAGAGGAAUUCAAAUCGCAUUUCGCGCGGAGAAGUCGCUUAGUUCUUCGCCGCACAAGGAUGACUUCUCGCAUGCUCAAGUCGUAGUACCAACAGGUGAUAAAUCAGUGAGUGCUGCUACGUUGGUAGGCGUGGCUACUCUUGUGAGCAAGAUUUUGGGAUUGCUUAGAGAGGUCAUAAUGGCUUCAGUUUUUGGUGUUGGCCCUGUUGCCACCGCUUUCAAGUAUUGUACUUUUGAUAAAUCUAAGUGUGUUUACUCAGUAUAUAUCAGUUGAGGAUUUUGUUAAUAUUGCGUGGAAUGAACUUUAUUUGCUUUGAACUUUGAUGGUGAUAUUUCAGGUAUGCCUGGGUUUUGCCUGGUUUCUCAUCAUCGCUUCUUGGUGGUUUGUUGUUGUUUCAAAGUUGUUCGGUCUUAAAUGAUCAUGUGAAAUUUCUUGGUCUUAUUACCUCUUUUGAAUUGCUGUUUAUUUGAAUCAGAUAUCAUUGAAUUUUGCAUGGAUGGGAAUUUCAAAUGUCAAGGGAUUUAAUCAGAUAUCAUUGAAUUGCUGCUUAUUUGAAUACAGUGUGGAUGUGAAGCGCAUGCCUUUGUGACCUUAGUGCAUGAGAGUGGCAAGGGAUGAAUUUCAAAUGAUUAUUGAUUAGUUUUCCCUUAUCAGGAUUUAACAAUGGCUUGAUUUUAAAUCUAUCUUUGGGUCAUUAAAUAUAAAUGGAUUAUUAUAAAUGUGUACGGGAAAGUCAUAAGGGAUCUGGGAAAGUUCAACUAUAAUGCCUGGUAGAUUUUCAUUCUCCAUACAGAUAUGCAAAUACCACCAACUAUUUCUGACUGACCUUUUUUCUAUGCAGGUGUAAAUGGCCCUAUACAUAUUAUCAUGUCUACUACUUUAAGUAAACUGCCAGAGGAGCGAGGAAAGAAGCUAUUUCAGCAUCUGACCACCAUUAUGUUUCUGGUAGGGGGUGUUGUGGGUGCUUUUGUUUAUAUCUUCCCAGAUUUUGUAGUUCAAAUUUAUGCACCAGGUUUGUGGAUAAUGGCUGAAGGUCAAAUCAUAAGGGAAAUAGCUAUCAAGCAGCUUAAAAUGAUGACGCCAUGCAUAGUCCUUGCAGGUCCUGUUGGACUUGGCUUUGGAUACAUGAGUGCACAAGGAAAUGAUGUUCUCCCUUGCAUUAGCCCCGCUUUGUCCAGCUCACUCGUGAUUGCUAGUGUAAGUGAUGACAUUGAACUAUUUCUCUUUCUUGCCUGGGCAUGCUAUCCAAAUUAUGUCUAUACAGGAUCUAGUAAUACUAACAAACACUUGCAGUGUCUCGUUUGUGCUCUUACCAGCAGAUUGAAUGGCUAUUUUUCUGCCGGUCUCUCAUAUGCCUAUCUUUUGGUCAUAGCACCACUGGGUGCUCUUUCAAGUAUCACUGUACUACCUCUUGUGCCUAAGUUUUCCAAACCAGUGAAGACGUCAUCAUGGGAAAGCUUGGCCAACGAUCUAGAAAGAGCUCUGCUGCUUUGCAUGGUACUUCUCUUGCCCAUUUUUUCAGUUAUGCGUAGCUUGGUUGAGCCAAUCAUCCAUAUCUUGUUUGAACGUUGUGAAUUUGAUUCUUCAGCUAGUGCUCUAGUAUCCAGUCUCUUCCUGGCUUAUUCUCUUGGUACACCUUUUUUCAUCGCUAAAGACUUGCUGGUAGCAGUUUUCUACGCCCUUGGAGAUGGAAAGCGUCCUUUUCUAGUGAGCGCAGGUGCCGUUGCUUUGAAUGCGGUUCUGGAUUGGCUUUCAGUUUCUAGAUUCAAUCUUGGAGCAAAGGGACUGGCACUGUCAACAUCCUUUACAGCUGCUCUGUCCGUUUUAAUCUUGUUUCAUCUCCUUAAGAGGAAGCUCUCCGGACUUUCAAGUUAUGCUGCAAUGAUUUAUCCUACUACACUGCUACUGAUUUGCUGCAUCACAUCAAACAUAACCACCUCCGUUGCCUACAACCUUAUGCACGUGUCAGUGGCUUCCACCUUACUUUCAAGGUACAAUCUGAUGAUGGAGCUAUUCACUCUAUUGAUGGCUGGUGCUUUUGGACUUAUUGGCUUCUUCGUUCCGGCUGUACUCCUACACCUGUGUGGAUUUGAGCUGGCGCGAGAUUUGUAUAGAAUGCUGAUUAUGCCGCAAUCUCUCACACCAAUGACAAAGUCAUUCUGAUUCAGAGGAGAUGCAGGCAUAUUUGGGAUGGGAUAUACAGGUGUCCGAUAACCUCAGAGGCUCUGAGCUACUCUCUGGCCCACCAACGGCUUGUGCUAAAUUGUAUGUAUUGAGUUGGGAUGGAUUCAAGAGUUUUUUGGGUGGACAUGUCUUCUGUCUUUGCAGGCAGAAACAUUAAUGGAGUUGGAAACUCACCUUUACACAGCCAAUGCUGGCUAAUAACUGUAAUCAAAAUGUUUUAGGGUGACAGCAGGUAACCUUUUUUUUUUAAAGUGAAAUAGUAUAAAUCUGAGCAGUAA